GCCUCGCCUCGCCUCGCCGCCGCCUCCUCGCCCAUGUAUAACUUCAUGGGGCUGAACGGCACCGCCGGCAUCGCCCUGCAGCCCAAUGUGUCCUGCACGUGCAACUGCAAGCGCUCUUUGUUCCAGAGCAUGGAGAUCACGGAGUUGGAGUUUGUACAGAUAAUCAUUAUCGUGGUGGUGAUGAUGGUGAUGGUGGUGGUGAUCACGUGUCUGCUGAACCACUACAAACUCUCUGCACGAUCCUUCAUCAGCCGGCACAGCCAAGGGAGAAGAAGAGAUGAGAACCUGUCAUCAGAAGGAAGCCUGUGGCCUUCAGAAAGCACAGUGUCAGGAAAUGGAAUAACAGAGCAGCAAAUCUACACUCCGAGACCCAGCGACAGACUAGCAGUUCCAUCCUUUUUGCAGAGGGACCGUUUUAACAGAUUCCAGCCAACAUACCCCUAUAUGCAGCAUGAGAUCGACCUCCCGCCCACCAUCUCGCUGUCGGAUGGAGAGGAGCCUCCCCCUUACCAGGGACCCUGCACGCUACAACUCCGAGAUCCAGAGCAGCAAAUGGAACUCAACAGAGAAUCAGUCCGAGCCCCCCCCAACAGAACCAUCUUCGACAGUGACUUGAUAGAUAACUCAGUAUAUGGAGGGCCCUGCCCUCCCAGCAGUAACUCUGGCAUCAGUGCAACCUGCUAUGGAAGCAAUGGUAGAAUGGAAGGACCGCCACCGACGUACAGUGAGGUGAUAGGUCACUAUCCUGGAUCUACGUUUUACCAGCACCAGCAGAACAACAAUGGGAUGCCCUCGAUACUAGAGGGUAGCAGACUGCAGCCUUCACAAAUCAAUGGCCUUGAGAGCACAACUGCGUGGAACAAAGAUAAAGAGAAGCAAAAAGGGCACCCCUUUUAAAACAAAAUCAAGCGCAAAAGAAAAUAAAACACUCUGCACUUCUCAUUUAAAGAAAAGAGAGAGAGAGAAAGGGAGAGAGUUGGGAAGAUGAGCAAAGAAUAAAAAGCCCUUCCCCAUCUCUCUGUGUAUAAAUAUUUCCUUGUAAUGUCUGGUCUGAAUGCACAAGCCAAGAAAGCUUGCAAAAACAUUUCUUUAUUGAGCUGUCUAGAAGUUUAAAAAAGGAAAAAGAAUCAACUGUAGUCCUUCAUUUUUGUUUCUAGUUGAGCUGUGUGUGAGUGUGCGCGCGCGCGUGUGCGCGCUUUUUUGUUUUGUUUUUGUUUUUGAUUAUUUCACUUAACUUUAAAGAGGAAAAUAUUUGCACAAAAACGUUUUGUUUAAAGAUCUGCAAUAUAUAUAUAUAAAUAUAUAUUAAAAUAAGAGAAACUGUAUGUGUGAGGAGCAGGAGUAUUUUUGUAUUAGAAGAGACCUAUUCAAAACAAAAAAAAGUUUUGUUGUUUUCUGAACUAGAAGAAAAAUGGCAAUUUUUUGAGUGCCAACUCAAAAAGUGUGUAUUACAUUGUAAAAAAAAAAAGAAAAAAACCCUAAAAAAAAGAAAAAAAAACAAAAAAAAAUCAAAAGCAGGGGUUUAGUUAUUUAUAUAAAUGUUGAAAUUUUGCACUAUUUUUUAAUAUAAAUAUGUCAGUGCUUGUGUUGGUCAAAGCCUCUAUCAUGUCUACCACAAAACUGUUAAGGGAUUAAUAUGUCAACAUGGAGAACAAACUAGCUGGAAAGGGGUGGAAAUUCCUAAAAUUAAAGUAAACAGCCCUGUGAGGAACCUUGUAAGAGAGACUGCAUCUUCUGAAACCUUUGAUUUCCAUAUUCACUGAGCAUUACCCAUCUAGUUCAAUCAGCUAAUGGGUAGUUUAAUGACAGUCAUGGUCUUAUACAUUCCCUACAAAACAAGAGGAAUUUGUGUGUAUGUUUGUAUGUUAUCACUUAGGAUUAUCAUAGUAAAAAAAAAAAAAAUUCUCAGUGCUUCUGUGAAUCAAAGAAAGAGAACAACUUAGCAGAAGCAAACACAAUUUACUUGAUUUUUUUGAUGAGCUCUAAUUCUUUUUGGGAGCGGGUGAGAAUAAACUUCUGUCUCUGAAGGAAAACAAAGUGAUUUUCUUCAUUUGUUUCUUUGUACAUUGAGCUGCAGGGCCUGGUGUUGACAUCAAGGAUGUUUUCAAAUGGGAGUAAAUGGUGAUAUACCAGAAACCUGCCUUUAAGAUGGGUUUUUAAAUGUUACUGAAAAUACGAGGCAAACAAUCUGCAGCUUGUGCAAAUCAUCUUCAUGUUAUAUGAACCACCGCAACUUUUAUUGGGAUGAAGAGUGCAGUCCUAUUGCCCAACUACCUGCAGUUCUUCUAGGCUGCCUCUGGUUGUUUAUUUUAUUUCUUUUCUUUUUCUAGCUAAAGAGGCAUAAAGUCCAAUAGAUGGAAAGGAGUAUGCUCCUGUGAUAUAUUAAGUAAAGGCUAAA